GCCAAUGAGGGUGCGCUUAUAGUAGUCUGAGAUUGAUCCCAGAAUUCCAAGGCAUAAACCUAUACGAAAACGAGCACGAGCACGAGCACGACCAGAAUGCCCGAUCACGUGUUUAAUGAUGAAGAUACCUCAACAGCACUGUUUGGGUUAUAAGAAUACACAGACGAUGUUUGAUAGCCGCACAAAUAUCCACUGAGCCGCGUGUCACAUCUCCGCAGUCACGGUCAUUACGCCAAUAGGCUCCAGGCUAAAGUCAGCCCUCUCCGAUGGCCACCACAACCUCCUCCGGCCCGUUCCUAUCCCUCACCCCCUACUCCCUCACCCACCUCCCCCGCUCCCCCCAAACCAACAGCUCCUCAGACUAUCCCGACCUCCCCACCCCCUAUGCCUCCGCGCCCUCAGCCACCUCCCUCCUCACAUCCCUCCUCACCGAAGCCCUCACCCUCCUCUCCUCCGCCGCCCCCCGCGACGGCUCCCGCCCCUCCUGGACCCUACAGCGCAAGCCACGACACUACCCCAACUCCACCGCCCCCAUCCACCUCUCAUCCGGCCCCCACAACGGUGCACACUGGGUCUGCAGACGCAGCUCGCACCGCGACGCCGCCGAGCGCGAAACCGCGUCGUGGACUGAGUUCGAGGCGGCGUUCAAGACAGAACAUACGCUCCACGAACAGGCAUUCACGCCUUCAGUGAUUGGCUUCGAGAGAGUCGCGUGGUGGGAAGAGGCGGUGAAAGAUGUGAGCCUUGAGCUCCCGCAUGAGCAGUGGAAGGGAGUUAGCCUCGAGCUGCUAGAGAUCGUGCAUAGCCUCCCAAAGCCCCUGCACCCGCGCUCCUUCCCGGUGCUGCAGGGGAUCGCAGAGCGAGUUGAUAUGGGUGUGGAGGGCGGGGAGUUUGUGGUGGUGACCGUGCCGGUGGGUGUGAAGUGGAAGCUGUGGGCGCAGGCGGUGCCGGCGAGGUAUGCGGCGGUAGAACGGUUUAGAAGGGUUGGGCCGGAUGUAGAGUGGGUUAUGGCGACAGCGUCGAGGGCGGGGGGUGUGUUGCCCGGGUGGGUGCAAGAUAUGUCUGUUCCGGGGGUUGUGGCGAAGGAUGUGGAUUUGUACUUGAAGUGGGAGGCUGCGCAACGAGAGAGGCGAGCGGAGGCGGAUAUGGAGGAGUCGCUGGAAAGUGACGGUGACGGAGGAGCAGUCUGAUAUUGGGCGGUCUUUGGACGAUGCGGAAUCACUAGCUCCAGGAAAUGCUGGACAGGGAAUACUAUGAAAGGGAAAGCCGUAAUAGGCGUAUCCGCCACGGAUUGUGAUGGAGGAAGGAAGGGAAGGUCACUGAAGACACCAUGGAACAUAAAAAAACAUACAUAUCUCUAUUUCCCUCCCUCCUUCUCCCUC